AUGGAAAUCCACCGGGAUUCCUUCACGGUGUAUGACAAAACGUUAAAUGUGUUAUCGGUUGAAUACGAAUCCGGGCUGUAUGUCUGGGUCGGCGACGAUAGCAAGGCCUGCCGAGACCUACACUGCGGAUUCCCGGUCAACAGGUUGAAGGACGAAAUCAGCGUUGGAAGCACGCUGAUUGGAGACCUGGAUGCCAUCUCAUCAGACCUGGCAAAGACGUUCGCCACAAGGUUCAACCGAGCAGUGUUCUUGAGCUGCAACGUGGAAGAAACGGAUAACACCAUGUUGGAAGUGCUUCAAGAGGAACUUAUCAAGGUGUUGACGAGGAUGUAUCCCCAAUACGUGAAGGUUUGA